AUGCCCAUCGACUCUAUCAGCAUCACCUUCCUCGGCACGGCGGCGGGCAAGCCGAGUCCGACGAGGAACGUCUCGUCUCUGGCGGUGCGGCUCGACUCGAAGCUCUGGGUGUUCGACGUCGGCGAGGGCACGCAACACCGCUUCAUCGACCCGCGAUGCAAGUUGCCGUUGAGCAAGGUCUCGCGCAUCUUUAUCACGCACAUGCACGGCGACCACAUCAACGGUCUCCCUGGCUUGUUGUGUACGAUCAGCGCCGGCGAGGGGAGUGUGUUGCCCGGACAGGACGACCCGCGCCUGGACGAUUCGCAGCAAAUCCCCCCGACCGAAAUCUACGGCCCGUCUGGCUUACGCCUCUUCCUCCGCACCACCCUCUCCCUCACCGCCUCGAUCCUCUCCCGCCCUUACGUCGUCCACGAGCUGCUCUUCCCCGGCGAAGAACCCGAGACGGGUGAACUGCAUCCAAGCGAGCGGAAGGGGCGGGAUAUCCGGAUGGGCGAGGACGGGUUUUGGAGGGACAUCGUGAGCGAGAAGGAGGGCGGGUCGGUGAGCGUCAGUGCGGGUCCUAUACUGCAUACCAUCAAUUGCAUCGGCUACUUCCUCUCCGAAUCACCCCGCCCUCUCCCAAUUCAACCAGCGCUCUUCAUCCCGCACCUCAAGAACCCGACAAACGCCGCCGCUCUCGCCGCCGACGGGAUCAAGAACCCUCUCUCUUUGCUCUCGCUCAUCCAGACCGAGCGGAAACCGAUCACGCUCGCAGACGGGACAGUCCUCGAGCCGCCUCCGCUCGACCCGAAUGGCGGAAGGAAGAUUGUCAUUCUCGGUGACACGUACGAUGCGAGCGCGAUGCUGCCGCUCGUCAACCCUGAAGGAAUCGAAACGGACGACCUGGUCGACGUCGUUGUGCACGAGUCGACAAAUGCGUUCCUACCCGACCUCGACGACUCGCACCACCCCUCGAAGCUCCGAGAUGGCCAGCCGACGACUCUCGAGUACGUGACGGAACUCGCACGCUCGCACGGCCACUCGACACCUCAGGGCGCCGCCUCGUUCGCCGGUUGCGCGGGCGCGCAGACACUGCUGCUCAACCACCUGAGCGUCAAGUACGCCGACGCCGACGCAGACGAGGCGCAACGAGCGAUGGGUCCUGAGACGCGGGAGAAGGCGCGGGCGAUGGUGCGGGAAAUUGAGCGGCAGGCGGACGAGGUGUUGCGCGGCGGGGCUUCAAGCGAAGGCGAGAGACGGGUAUGGGCUGCGAGGGACUUUUGGGAGUUCGAGGUCGUCAGGAGGGACAAGCGGGCGAAGGAGAAGGGGAAGCGGACAUAG